AUGGAGGCGACGUUGCUCAGCAGCCUCCACACCAAGCUGGAUGACUUGGAGGGCAAGAUGCUUGCCUACCGCUACGACCUGGUCUCCGACUUCCAGCGCUACUACCACGACCUCCUCACCGGCGUCAACCCCAGCGUCGCAACCAGCAUCCAGCAGGCCAUUUCGCCGUCCUUUGCCAACUACCCGACACUCCGCCCAGAGCUGGAACCCGAGCUGGAGGCCACUGCCGCUGACUCACAACCACCUGACCCGGCUUCAUUCCAACAGCCUCCGGCGCCCGAGCCUGAGGUUGCUGCUGCUCGUAUCGAGGCUCCCAAUAGCGGUAGCAGCUCGCGCGAGCGGGAGACGGAGUUGCAGGGUCUCUUUACGCCAAGCUACCUGCCCCUGCUGGACAGCUCCCCUCCAUACGAUCGCAGACCUGUUGCCACCUCGACCGUCGCCUCAACGGGCACGACAACCUCGACACAGACGACGGCGCUCGCCUUCCCAUUGCUGCCUGUAAUGGCACCACCAGAUGCCGACAAUGGCACUGCCACGGAUCUUGGUAUCACCGUGGGUGGUGGCCUUGCAAUCACAGGCAACAGCGAGACUCCGGCAGACGCUCAGGCUCCAGCCGAGGCGCACCGCCUCGUCAGGACCACCACCGAGGAGUCAACCUCGUCCGUCAACUCGGAUAAGAGCGACUCCAAGACUAGACGAAGUGCUCUGCGACGUUCGUCCAGUAUAUCAAAACCUCCCCAGAGCCCAAGGCGAGUCCGGUUCGAGUUCAUGGGUGCAGAAGUGCUGCCUACGUCAUCGCCCCAGCAGGUCGAAUUCAUUACUCCCGCCGUAUCGGAACUCGCACUGGAAGACGAGCCAAUUGCCUCCGACAUGAUAUUAGGCGACGACAUUGACGAGUGGGAGCCCCCAGUUCGGAAGAGCUCUUCUACCGAGGCGCUGAGAGCUUUGUCUAGGGCGCCGGCCGAGGAGGGUACUGUUUGGACCGUCGUCAAUCCCGACUCGGACAGGCUCAAGUCUGAGCAAGACGGUACGAGUACGCCAACCCCGGGGAGGCCCGGCUCCAUCGAGCAGUCCACAUCUACAGCGAAUUAUUCAAGAGCAGAUACUCCUUCAGUGAGAGUUGUGCGCGGCGAUAAUGCAGCAUCCAUCGUGUCCAAUGACGUCAACAAUCGCGGAUCAGAAAACGGCAAGGAUGCGGAUGACUCUUCAGACGACGAGGACGAAUAUCUCGCCAUGGGCAGGCGCAAGACUUCUGCCACCCAGAAGCCUGCUUCAGUUUCAGUGGCUCAAUUGCCGGCAGCAAGAGUGAGCAAUGGACUCACAGCUGCGGCGUCUACUAGCGACUCCAGCAACCCCAAGGAGAGCAGAACCCCAGCGGCUGUGGAAGAUGAAAGCGUGGACGAUUAUGGCGACGAUGACGAUAUGUUUGAGUUCGAACCUGGCGGUCUAAGUGCUCCACCAAAACCCCGUGAAAGGCCGCCUCUACCGCCAGACGAGGAAGAGUCUUCCGACGACGAAUCUCAGGACGACGUGCCGAAUAUGGAUCGACCUAGCCAACCAACCCUCUAUUCAACAUCACCGGCAGUCUCCAUUGCGCGGCCCAGGCCAGAGAAUGCCAUGUCCACCGUGUCUAGAUUUCAACCUGGGUCUCUUGGAUCAUACAAAGGCCGUCCCGUCAUCAUGCCCGUUGUUCGCAACCCAGAGGUGCAUGCGAGGGCGGCUUCGUUGGGCCAAUUUAAUACUUUUGUGGGCGGCCUAGACGGUCGAAGCGGAAUGGAUGAGGGAGACCUCAGCAGCUUCCGUGCUAGUGUUGUCCAGCCUGGCUUUACAGGGACGCCUCGGAGUUUCACCGAGCGUUUCAUGAUGGAGGAAGCACAGGCAGAAAGGGAAAGGAAUGGAGCCGCGCAGUGA